CGAUGCUGGUACUGCCUGCACUUCGAUCGAGGAAAUUCCCAAUCUCGAUACCGCGCCAGUUCCUGCGCCAUGCAACCACGACACCAAAAAUAAAAAAGUACCAGCAGAAAACAAACCUACACAAACUCUAUCAGCUCAAAUGGAGGCCAUUGAUCUCUAUCAAAGAAGGCACUUUCUAUCGCGAUUACCCUGUCUCCUCAGACGCUUCCGGACAAGAGAACCAUCCAUUAUUGAAUAAAAUCGAUUUCACGCUUCCGUCCAGACCGCCGCAAUGGCCGGAGCUUCCCCCGCCGACUUGCGGGAAGCGUGCGAAAGAGCGUUAUGAAAGGGAGUUGCGUCAAGAACAAUCAAUACAAGAAGAGGAAGGACCAUUUCAUUGGGCCGUUAUUGGCUCUGAUAGUACGGAGUUCUUCAAUGUGCUUCAAGGUCGAUACAUUGCAGUGCCGCCUCGAUCACGUCAGUAUCCACAUUUGAUCUCUCGGAAAUUUACACCAAAGGACCCUAGGAAGAGAUCACCGAGCAACGCGAUUGCUUAUGUGGGAUUCAGUGGGGAAGGCUCACAAGCAACAGGCGGCACACGAGGAGCCUAUCUCAGCGCGAGAUAUGAAAGUCUACGGGAGGAUACCGAUUGGACAGUACGGCAGUACUUGACGGGACAAACGGAACUCAAUCCUUUAGAGGACGAGAAUGCCGGAGAAAACCUGGAUCAGGCUCAAUUGGAGCAGGUUAUUAAAGAUUUCAGAUUGCAAGAACUUUUGGCAUUGCCCAUGUCUAGCCUCAGCAAUGGACAAACGAGACGUACGCGAAUAGCCAAAGCAUUGUUGUCCACCCCGGAGCUACUUCUUCUGGAUGAGCCAUUUAUGGGUCUCGACCCUGCUACAACUGAAAGCAUAUCAUCCCUCUUACGGAAUCUCGCGUAUCGAUGCUCACCCAGAGUCAUGAUUUCACUACGCCCACAAGAUGCCAUUCCUGACUGGAUCACGCAUGUAUUGAUUCUCGACAAUCGCCGGAUAGCUUUUAGUGGACCCAAGAAGGAUUUCUACAAACAAGCGACAAAGGCCUGCGGAAUAUCUACAAGUGAAGCCAGCAAGGCUAGAACACCAUUGCGUUGGCUAUUUGCACCGGGUGGAUUAUUCGAGCUACAACGUUACAAAUUUGCAGAUGACAAGAAAACAAAAGUUAUCCAAUACUCCAAGAGCAAUGUCGGGGUGGCUGAUCCGACAGCCCUGACGCAGAUUUCUCAACACGGGAAGCCGGUAAUUGAGAUGGAGGGUGUACAUGUCCAGUAUGGGGAAAAGGUCGUUCUCGGGAAUUGGAUGCAGAUAGUGCGAGGUAGGAAACGAAACAAGAUGGGCUUGUGGUGGAGAGUUCGUCAGGGUCAGAGGUGGGCCAUUCUCGGGGCCAAUGGCUCAGGCAAGACGACAUUAUUGUCUGUCAUCACAUCUGAUCAUCCGCAAGCAUAUGCGCAACCAGUUCGUCUAUUUGGUAGAUCCCGCUUACCAGAACAAGGCGUACCUGGUAUAUCUAUAUUCGACCUUCAAGCCCGAAUGGGCCAUUCCUCUCCAGAGAUUCACGCCUUCUUCCCUCGACAGCUUUCUGUCCGUGCGUCAAUCGAGUCUGCAUGGGCAGAUACAUUCCUCUCGAAGCCGGUCUUGACCUACGAACGCGAUACCCUCGUCGACGCAGUUUUGGAAUAUUUCAAACCAGAACUAGAUCCUUCAGCAGAAGACGUGAAAGGCGCUAAAUCGGCUACCCAUUCAGAGGAAGGAAUAGACAUGUCAUUUAUUCCGAAAACAUUCCGAGAAAACCUCACAGAUGCGACCGCCGUGGAUAAUAGAUCAACAUCGACACCUGUGUAUCAUCCGAAACAUAAUAUUGAUUACGCCGACAAUGUGACUUUUGGCCAACUCUCCGUUGCGCAACAGCGUCUGGUGCUGUUCAUUCGAGCCAUCAUAAAGAAACAGGAACUUAUAAUUCUGGACGAAGCCUUUUCAGGCAUGCCGGCUAAUAUGCGCGAAAAGUGUUUUUACCUUUUGAAUAAUUCCGGCCUACCGACAGCCGAACAAGAUCCAGAAUUAGCCAGCCUGCCGUUACCCUACCUAGGACCUGAACAAGCUUUGAUUGUGGUGAGCCAUCUUCCAGAGGAAAUUCCAGACACUGUACGAUUCUGGAUGCGACUGCCGUCCGAAGUCGGGGACGGUCAAAAGUUAGAAUUCGCGCAGGGCGUGUUACCGGAUGAUAGUACUUUAUCAUCCGAUCGAAAAGCCUGGGACACGAUCUGGUCUGAAAAUUCAUUAUCCAAGGCAAUGUUCUUGUACGGGAAAGAUAACGAGGGAGAACUCACUGACGGGAAGAGAUAUCGUUACGUUAUUCCGCGCAAGUCACGAUCGAAACGCAAGUCCACGGCGAUGAAUAACGACUCAAAUGAGUCAGAAGAACUGGAAGAGGAGGAAGAAGAGGAUGAAGAAGUAUAUGAGGAUGAGGAUGAAAUAGAAGACGCUGAAGAAGAAGCAGAGUCAGAUAAGAUGCGUACUUGA